AGGAGGAGGAGGAGCAAUGGCGGCUGCCGCCCCGUGACGUCACCGCCGGGCGCCGCAGUGCGGGCCCCGGUAGCCGGCGUCGUGGUCGUGGGCGGUCAUGGUUCGCUUCGGGCUGACCGUCGUCCGGCAUGGAGAAACAAGAUACAACAAAGACAAGAUACUGCAAGGUCAAGGAGUAGAUGAGCCGCUCUCUGCAACUGGUUUCAAACAAGCAGAUGCUGCUGGUUUAUUUCUCAGUAAUGUAAAAUUUACUCAUGUCUUUUCAAGUGACCUCCUUCGAGCAAAGCAGACUGCUGCCACAAUUAUAGGAAAAAAUAAGUUUUGCAAAGAUUUGGAAAUCAAGUAUGAUGCAAGACUUCGAGAGAGAAAAUAUGGUGUUGCAGAAGGAAGGCCUUUGACUGACCUCAAGGCUAUGGCAAAGGCUGCUGGAGAACAAUGUCCUGCAUUCACACCUUCUGGAGGAGAAACGCUAGAUGAAGUAAGAGAACGUGCAAAGGAUUUUUUUGAAUUUCUAUGUCAGCUAGCUGUUGAAGUGGAACAGAAAGAGCGAGAGAUGCAUGGUGCAGCAAGCAGAAGCUCAGGAACAUCUGAAGAACAGUCAGUUUUCCCUUGGACAAAUCACUGCAGUCAGCCAGGACUUAGCUCUGAUAAUGGUGGAGCUUCUAAAGUAUUAGAUGCCAAUAUCUUAGUGGUGAGUCAUGGAGCCUACAUGAGGAACUGGAUUGGUUAUUUUGUUUCAGAUCUCAAGUGUACUUUACCAGCAAACUUAACAAAGUCUCAGUUGUCUUCUGUCAGUCCCAAUACAGGAGUUAGUCACUUCAUUAUAAAACUUCAAAAUGGAAGUAGAUUAGAACCUGAAAUCAGGUGUGUUUGUCUUAAUCAAGACUCGCACUUGGUGGAUGUGGGAGCUGAAUGUGUAGCUCAGAAAGUGUUUUAAGAGUUUUUAUAGGGGGGAGUGGUUUUCAGUCACCAUUAUACUAAGCUUGGGAAAGGUAUUUAUAUCGACUGGAGUUAUUGGCACUAAACUGCAAGAUUGAAGACACGCAACUGCCUACCAUCUUAAAAUAACAUUCAGUUUGCAUGCUCCUAGUACAUGUAUAAGUUGGUGCUGGAGAAACAAUACAUGUUCUUUAUGAACAGUAACAUCCAGUCACUUGCAUGCCUGCUCCUACAGUGAAUAUUUUUAAAAACUGUUUUUUUGUUAGUCCAUAAAUAUUUUAGUUAUCUUCAGGUAAAGCAGUUGGGGCAGGGGAGAGUAACGGUACCUAAAAAAAUGAACUAUACUGUAUUCUUGUUUUAUUACAAAAUGCUAUAUUGUAGUAUUAACACUUGUUAUUUUGAAGUAAUUUUUUGAAUGCAAUAGUAUAACUUAAAAAGGGGUAUUGCCUAGUGGAAAAGGUUGGUACAGAGUCAGAUGACACGUUCCUGAUUCUGAUACUAAAUAACUGUGAGACUCUGGGCAAACCUCUUCUCCAUUUUCCCAACAGGGAUGAUGAUAUACCUACCUCGCAGGAGCGUUUUGUAAGAAAAUGUUAGUGUGGUUGAGACCUCUGUUGCAGAGCACUGUACACAAACAUAAAGUACUUAUUUUUAACUGUAAGCAGAAUGAGGAACCUCAUGCGCACAUAGUUGAAACAAUGGCCUCUAUUCCAAAAAACAACCUUAUCAAUAUGGUAAACUGUACCUGACUGGAAUCCUGUUGUCUGUUGCAGUCAUAUACUUAAUGGAUGAGUAUUUUUGCCUGGAAUUAGGCAACUUUGAUUGCUUGAUUUGUUGAUGACUGAUUGCAUAUAGCUGCUGUUAGUGCUGCAUACCUUCCCCACUGGGGUGUUUGUAGUGUUACUGUGCAAGCUUAUCUGAUUUAUGUUAUUUAUAAUCUCCACAUACCUUUUCUUCAUUUGCGUAUUUAAGCCUGUAAAAAUGAAUUAAAGGCUCCUGAACAGAA